AUGCGAAACUCCAGCUUAUUUUUCCUCAUCGCGCUGCUAUACAUCCAAAGUGAAGUUGCCCAUGCUUUGGGCAUAAACCGGAAAUUCCUCUGCAACAGACCCUCCAAACCAAACGCCAAGGGCGUCUGUAUGGCGAGGAUCAAUAAAAAUGACCUUAUAAAAUACAGCGAUCCAAAGUUUUUGCGUAAUAGUGAUUGGAUUGCUUAUUCUGCCAAACCUAGCGCCCGAGGCUACACCUGUCAAGGAGUGAAGUUUGGCAGCCCUUUUGGGCAGGCACUAUUUUGUUGCAACCUCAAAAUUCCCCCACUUAACUACGUGGCCUUUACCGAUCAAGAGGUUACUCAAAAUUGCUAUCCUGCCUGA